AUGGGCCUCUUUGCGAAAAAGAAGAAGGAACUGAUCGCCGAAGUCAACCCGAGCGGCUUCAACGGCGCCAACGCAGGCUACAGCAACGCCCCAUCUCGUGGCGGCGGCGGUGGACCGUCCUCGUCGUCGUACCCAGGUUCGAUCGCCCCCUCAGAGUACUCGACCGCCGCACCUUCGUACCGAACUCAAGGUGCGGGGGGUUCGUACGUCCCUCCUUCGCAAGGUGGCGCAGGCUACGGUGCCCACCAAUCCCACUACUCUCGACCCCAACCCGGAAGCGGUGGGCCCCCGCCACAAGGUGGGGCCGCGUACGGUCCCGGUGCAGGUGGUUCAGGUCUGUCCCAAGCUGGUGGACCUGCUCAAGGCGUCUCUUCGUUCCGGGAUCGAUUCGCGAAAAAGAAUCCGGGACGGGGUGAGGCCAGCCCCGAAGCGAGGAACGAAUUGCUCGCUGGAGCACCGCCCCCGCAGCAGCAGCAGCAGCCCAACUCGUCCCGACCGUACGGCGGAGGAGCGCAUGGCGCCGACGGCCGGGAAGACGAUCAGCCUUUGGACGAGGACGAGGGGGUCGAAGGUAUCAAGCAGCAGAUGCGCUUCGUCAAGCAGGAGAGUCUGGCCAGUUCAAGGAACGCGGUCAGGAUCGCCAGGGAAGCCGAGGAGACCGCCAGGGCGACGUUGGAUAAGCUCGGCGAUCAAUCCGGUCAGUUUUGCAUGCCCGGAUACUCGGAUACGAGCUGCACCUAGCUGACCCACUCUGAUCGCGUCGCACAGACCGCAUCGCCAACACGGAGCGACAUCUCGAUCUCGCAAAGGCCCACAACGACCGAGCCCAGGACGAGACCAAAGAGUUGAUGGCCCUCAACCGCUCCAUCUUCCGCCCCAACAGUGAGUUCUGCCACUAGAGCUCCUUUUCGUACAUACUCUGAUCUGAAACCUGUCCUCUCCUCGACAGUCACGUUCAACAAGCAAGCCAAACGAGACAAGGACGAGGCGCGCAUCAUCGCUCGCCACAACGCCGAAAAGGACGAACGCGAACUCGUUCGUCGCGAGCAGUACGAAUCGCGCCAACGCAUCGACCAAACGUACCACAGCAUGGACCGCAACGCCGACGAUGCCGCGCGUGCUCGGCAACGCGCCAAGGCUAGAGGCGCAGAACGGGGUCGGUACCAGUUCGAAGCGACGGCGAGUGAUGACGAGGUCGAGGAUGAGAUCGACGGUAACCUCGAUGAGCUGUCCGGGCUUGCGGGGAGGUUGAAGAUGCUGGCUACGACUGCUGUGAGUUGUACCUACCGGGUCGCAACAGAUCCCACGAAGAGGAGCCACGGACUAAUACUAUUCUUGUCUAAAUUGGCACGCACCCGUUCUGCAGGGACAAGAAGUCGACGCACAAAACACCAAACUCUCCAAACUCGGCAACAAGGUCGAUGUACUCGACACGAACGUCGUACGCAGCACCCAGCGACUCGCUAGGGUCAAGUAG